AUGUUCAAUCGAUUCGUUAUUCUAUUUAGUUUCCUUAUUUUCUUUGCAGUCGCUGCUCCAGCACCAACUACAGAACGUGAAACAUUUGAUGAACUAAGACUAUCUGGAAUGUCUGAGAAGGGAAUCCUUGCUCUUCAUAAUCUCGCGGUCAAGUUCAAGUACGAAUACGCAAAAGUUGCAAGGAGUAAGAAGGCAACAGAUAAGCUGAUGGCAGACUUCACCAUUAUUGGGAAGGGUGUCGUUAACUCAAUGUCACAGGAAGAUCAAGAAGUUUAUAAUAGUUAUGUUGAAAAGUAUGGGCUAUCAUAG